AUGUCGGCUUCUCCGACGACAAGAUUCGAAGUCAGCAGUUGUACAGAUUGUGACCGAAUGUAAGUGAAAUUGUGUGAACUGGGACGAGGGAAAUAAUUCCUUCCUCUAUUAUUUUAAAAACAGAAGUUUGAAUGGAUCCAAGAAUAGCUUGGUAUGUACCUGAGCAGUUAGGAUUAGCCCAUGACAUUUGGACGAGGAUCAUUGAGACCCAGAUAGGCGUGGAUAAUAUGUCGCUGAACAAUUCAAAUCAUAAUUUGGACCAGAGACCACCAGAAUUUAUUUCUCUCAGUGUAAAUAACAAUCUAGCCCAGAAACAUGCGCCUACGAAUAAGCAAUAUAAUAUUCAGAAUCAACAGAACAGCUUUAAAAGAAAACGAGAGAACAAGGCCAGCACUUACGGUCUGAACCAUUCGUCCUACAAACAUUUUCUGCAUGAACAUGGUGGAUUAACACCCUGGAUCCGAAAAGGAAAGGACUACCCACCAAAUGUCAUAGGGCUACAUGAAGAAAUUAAAGACUUUUAUGAAUAUAUGUCACCUACUGCAGAAGAAGCAAACAUGAGGAAUGAGGUCGUUCAGAGAAUCAAAGAUGUUGUCAAAGACCUUUGGCCAGAUGCAAAGGUGGAAAUAUUUGGAAGUUUUAAAACAGGGUUGUACUUACCAACAAGUGAUAUUGAUUUGGUUGUGUAUGGAAAAUGGGACAGUUUACCUUUGUUCACCCUGGAAAGAGCUUUGAGAGAACGAUGUUAUGCAGACCCAGCCUCUGUGAAAGUGCUAGACAAAGCUUCUGUUCCAAUUAUCAAAAUGGUGGACCUCCAAACUGAAGUAAAGGUGGACAUCAGCUUCAAUACACAAAACUCUGUGGAAAGUGCUCAACUUAUCAGCAAAUUCAUGACUGAAUACCCAAAUUUGAAAUAUUUGGUGUUGGUGCUGAAACAGUUCCUCUUACAAAGAGAUCUGAAUGAAGUGUUUACAGGGGGAAUUAGUUCUUAUAGCCUUAUCUACAUGACAGUCAGCUUCUUUCAGCUCCAUCCAAGGUACGACGCAUUGGAGCCAAAUGCGAAUCUUGGAGUUUUGCUGAUUGAAUUUUUUGAACUGUACGGAAGGAAUUAUAACUACUUGAAGACAGGAAUAAGAAUUAAAAACGGAGGGUCAUAUGUCCCGAAAGACGAAAUUCAAAGAAGCAUGGAAAAUGGCUAUAGAUCGUCUAUGUUGUGUAUUGAAGAUCCAUUGACAAAAGGAAAUGACAUAGGGAGAAGUUCGUAUGGUGCUAUGCAAGUGAAACAGGCCUUUGAAUAUGCCUACAUAGUUUUGAGUUACACAGUAGGCCCACAAUAUAUGUUUUCAAGAAAGCCGAAGCAUAGCAUACUUGGUCGAAUAGUUCGAGUGACGAAUGAAGUCGUGGAGUACAGACAUUGGAUAAAAAUGACAUUCCCUCGUAAAAUCCCAGAAAACAACAUGUUGGAUUCCAGGAGCAGAAGCUAUGCAAGCGUUGCCAAUGGCAGCAAAGCAGUGGAAGCUAAAAACGAUGUCGGUAACGAAAGCAGCAAGAGGUGUAAUGAGGAUGGAUCAAAGCCCUGCAAUCCAGAGAGUGAACAGUCUGACUCGAGUUCUGUGUACAAAUCCAGCAGCAGCUCUGCCAGCAGUAGCUCCACGUCUAGUCUUACCAGCGACACGGACUCUGAACCUGAUCCACAACAACAAACAGAAAUAGAAGUGACGAAAUCAACCCCUACAACUCCAGUCAAAACAGAGAAAAAGACAGCUGUAGUCAGUCAGGAGUACACACGUAGUAGAGACAGGGCGCAUAGCAACAGUAAACAAAGGACAGGUUCAUCCAAAAGUCGAGACACUAGUUGUAGUAGUGUGUCCUCCACUCAUUCGGCCGGAUCUAACAGAACUAAUGUGAACAGUGGACACAGGGGUUACAGCAACAGUUAUGAGAACCGCGGAAACAGCAAUAGAAACUCUGGUCACUACGACAGCGGACCGUCGAGAAAAGCAUAUCACGGAGGAAGUGCUCAAAACAAAAACGGCUAUGACAGUGGCCGAGUUCACACAUGGACGUUCAGUAGCAACAAGAAGAAGAAAAACACGGGAAAUGGGUACGGCUACAACAAGAGGGACAGUUAUCCAAGUGCUACUGCCGGCCACAGGUAACCUCUACUGAGGCCCGGGGUGGCAGUAUUCAAUGGUGCCCUUCAAAGUGUAAGAGGAGAUCUUUGUGUGCGUUUUGUGUGAUGUGUGUGCUUGUCUUAUUACUUGGUGCCUCAUAUAUCGAGUUCGAGUGGCAUAAAAAUGAAUAUGGAUAGAAAAUAACUUUUUGUGUGAGUUAUGAUCAUAAGAUAAAUAUAUGUAAAUUGUAUACAUGUCUCAAGAUAUUAUGUUAUUGUAAAAUGAUGUGAAUAAGAUUUAUUUUGGAGACUCAUUUUUUUUUUUUUCUGUACAUGUCUGUUGAAAAGUUUUUUUUUCCUCCUGAAUUUGUUAUUCAAUACCAAAUGUAUUUCAACAAUCCAAAUCAUUUACUUUAAUUAGAAAUAUGUUAAAUUAUGUAUGAAUUGUUCUUAAGAGAUGUAAAAUUGGGUAAAAAAAAUCAUAUUUUAAACGGGCAUAUUUCCUUGUUCACAUCACAGUAAAAUUAUGUGAUAUCAAUGAUUUAUGUGAUAUAUUUUUCCAUUUUUCACCUCACCGUGUUGAAAAGAAAAGUCUAUUUUCCAUUUUUUACCCCACUCUCACAUUAUUAUUAUUUUUGGGGGGGGGCAAAAAAUAUACCAUAGAAUUUAAUAGAAUCAUUGUGUAAAAAUCAUUGCAUCAAACUGAAAGACAAUGGAUUCCUAGUUAUUGUUCAUAAUGUACAUUGUUUUUAUGAGGAAUAAUAAUGUUGGAUUCAAAAGAAUCUCGAUAAUUAAAAGCACAAUAUAAAAUAUGCAAAGGUCUUGAUUCACUUUUUAUCAUGCCAUUUUUAUUUUCAAACAAUGUUGUGUUAUUUUUAAAUACUGUUUUAUUGUGAAUUUCGGCUUGUUUUAAAGCUGUAUUUUAAACAAGUUGUGUUGUUUGAGAGAGUCGUGUUGAACACAGACUUUCGAAAAAAGAAAAGUCAGUUUUCUACACAGAUCAUGUGUCAAUUAUUUUUCCCUGUGCCUUUUCAUGAAUGAACUACUGUAAAGAAUUGAAUAGGUGCUUUUUAUAUACAUCAGAAUAGACCUAAAAACUUACCACUAAUUGUGCCAGCAAUCAGGUAUUAGUGCUGACCAUUUUGCAUGGUUAUUUUUUUUUUCUUUUUAAAAUACCCAUAGGAAUUCUUUAUUUUUACCAUUUGCAAAUUAAAGAAGCGAUCUCUCUUACUUUGUAUUCUUAAUUUCUUUUUCUUCCCUAUCUUUCGUAUUUCUUUCUCUCUUUUUCUUCCUGUUUGUCCUGCUUUCUAUCUCUCUAAUUUUUUUUGUUUACAACAGUCACGAAAAGCUUUUACAAUGUAUUUUGCUAAGGCAACUUAGUUGUAGCUUCCAUAAAUAUUGAAAGCCAGAUACUUUAAAAUGACAGCUAUUGACAUUUUUUUGUGCGUGUGUAUAUAUAUACGAGACUUUGUUGUACAUGUAUUGAUAUUAAUAAUAUUGUGCAAUUAUUCUGGUUAUUAGAGAAUUGGAAAUAUGGAAAAGAAAGAGGACCAAUAUGAUUCAAGUUUUGUUUGUUUCAAUGUAUAAUACGUUCAUUUAAUAGACACCCAUUAGAUCAUGAAUGGGUAAAAAAAAGUACAAAAUCAAAAAAAAAUGUGUAUGAUAUUUUAUUGGAAAAGAGGAAAAUUCAAUGCAUCACUUUUGUUUGGAACCUAUAUUUAACAUAGUGAUUUUAUGUAUGUAUGUAUGUGGAACAAAUCGUUGUAGAGCACAUGAAGUUAUUAAGCCAGAUUUUCUUCUUUUUGUCCCCCCACUCAGUUUAGGUUGAUUAUUUUAUCCUAUCAAAUCAGUAUCCUAUUAAUGAAAUGACUACGGUGUAAUUUAGAGAUGAUCCUUGAAAUCCAUUUCUCAAGCAAACUGAGGUAGAUUGAUGAAGAGUUGGGAAAUCUUUCUAGACAUUUGGUCAUUGGUAAAGAUAACAUCUUAUAUGUAUUAUGAGAAAACUGUUUAUUGAGUGUUUGAGUUCAUUGUUCAUUUUUUAUCAAACUUGGUAUACAGGCAAUGGCAUUGACCCCUUGUAUAUAAGUGAAAGGUGAAUGAAGUGUAAAAAAUUUUACAAAGACAAUCCAUUUUGGUGAUAAUGAAAAAAAAAAAUCUCCACCAUUCAUAUCCAAUUCAUGGUAUUUUUUGAUUUUAAUAUUUUAAAAUCUCUUUUUUUUAAAAAAAUGUUCUUUCCUUCUUUCUCUGGUUUUAAAAUUGUGACUAAAUGUAUAUUUUCCUUCCUUCUUUCUCUGGUUGUAAAACUGUGACUAAAUGUAUUUUUUCAUGUAUCUAAAGUUAUCAGAACACAUAUCUGCUAGUUCAUUUGUAAAUGUUAUUAUAAUCUCUAGUCAUUUUUCCUAUACCCAGCUGUUUAUUUAAGUACUGAUUCAGAAUACCAGACAUGGUAUACUGAGGAAUUAAGUUCAUAUUAUGGCAGCAAUUUAAUUCAAGUAAAUGUGUAUGUUUCUUUUAUUGAUGAACAUCAGGUUUAAAAAUUAGCAUUUCGGUUCUGGGGGGGAAGGGAUGAAAUAUAAAUACUUUUAAUUUUCUGUUUUUAUGUGAAAUGAAAAUGCCUUUGACUUCAUGUGAUUCUCAAGUUUAUAAUUUUUGUGCAUAGAAAAGAUCUGUGCCCAUUUUCAGUUAUAAUAAUUAUUGUUGAUAUGUUUUAUUUCACAAUGUUAAAUUUGUCAUCAUUUUUGUAUGAAAGAAAAAAGACAAAAAAAGUUGAAAAAAAUAAAGGCAUUAAAAAAUA